UCUCUCUCCCCGACGGCGCCGCGCUCCGAGGCAGGUGAGGCGCUGGGCUCGGGCCGAGCCGGGGCCCCUGUCCCCGCCCCCGCCGCGAGGGUGCCCUAGAGCCCCCGGGGACUCGGGGUGUUGCUGCCGGCGCGUCGCGCCAGGGCAGAGUCGGUGGCCCGCGACUGAGAACUGGAUACUUGUCCAUGGGCUUCUGGUCACGCUGUGAGGCGGGACGGCUUCUGGUGUCCUGUUCAGAAGGAUUCUGAGGUCAAACGCUUUUCAGACUCAGACUCACUGUGAUGUGAGAUUCCAGGGCAACGCAGUUUUGAAGAACAAGCUUACAGGGAGGGGGUCCUCGACUGUCCUUGUAGAUGGUGGUUUUCUUGGGGACUCAGCAAACUCUUGGAGAGGCCCAGUGCAGCAUUUCCUCACGUAGGGGAAUACAGAUACAGAUGCGGAUGAGGCUCUUCCUGAAGGAUCUGUGUUUGUUGUUCAAAACACAAUCAGAAAGACACGUGUUGCUGUAAAAUCUAAUCAAAGGGUGGGGACACGAGAACACCAGGGAUCAGGAGAGCGGCGCGACACCGCCAGUGUCGACUGCUCUGGCCCAGCUGUGCGGCCUCAGUCCUCACCCACACGACACUCGGCCUCGAGGGACUGGGCAGUUUCCCCGCUCUCUCUCAACUCUUCACGUUCUGGUAGCGAACAAGGCAAGCAGUGGUUUAGAGAACAUGCGCCGUGAAGAGAGCCAACCAGGGUGACAGAGGCCAGAGGGCUGGGGUGGGUGCCGCUCAGGGAGGGUGUCACCUGGGAAGGGAGGCGAGGGCUCACGGCCACAGGCCCCGACGGGCCGAACCCUGGAGAGUGUGCGGCCAGGCCCCUGGGGGCUGCACGGGGACAGGCCGGAGGGACCAGGCAGCGGGCCCACCAGGGUUCUGGGGGACGGUCCUGGCGAGGGUGGGAGCCAUGCAUCCUGCUUCGACCUGGAGUUGUUACUGCCAGAACGUGCUGGAAGGCGGAUACAAGUGUGGGAGAGGGAAGGCGGGGCUGGCUGGGCUCCCUCCCGCCCUAGGUCCCCCCUCUGUCUCUCCAUCCUCCCAGGCAUGCCCGCCCCCAGCAGCAGUGGGCCUGCCUCCUCCUCGGCCCCUGCACCUCCGAGUCCAGGCUCUCCUCAUUCACAUCCUGACUUGCAUACCUGGGCAGCCGCCGCUCAAGCCCCACCGCUCCGGUCUGCCCUUCCUCCGCCGUCAGUCGCUGCAGCGAGAGCUCCCAUCCCGUCUCUGUCCUGCUCAAGGCUGGCGGCUGAGACCGAGGCGGCAGAGAGGAAGGGUGGGCCCGAGUGGGCAGCUGUGGGGCGCCGCCCAUCCUCCCCGGACGCCCUGAAGAGGUGGGGCGAGGCCCAGACCCCCAGACCAGCCCGUGUUUGCUGGGAAGAAAGUCGAGUCCUGGCUUGCUGCCACGACAGGCUGCCUCAUCUGACACGAGUCGCUCUUCCUGGAACCCUACCUGGAAAGGGUGUCUGGUCGGGAGUGGGGGCCCGGGGCAAGGCUGCCCGUUUCCCCUCCGCGCGGGACCUGUGCGUCCGUCCUCGCUCGCUCGCAGCUCCCGGCCGCAUGGCCCACGUGUUCGUGUACGGGACCCUGAAGACGGGCCAGCCCAACCACCGGGUCCUGCUGGAGGGCGCCCACGGUCGCGCAGCCUUCCGGGGCUGGGGUCGCACGGUCGAGCCAUACCCGCUGGUGAUCGCGGGGCAGCGCAACGUCCCGCGGCUGCUGAACCUGCCGGGCCGGGGGCGCCGAGUGGCUGGGGAGGUCUACGCCGUGGACGAGCAGAUGCUGCGCUUCCUGGACGAGUUCGAAGGCUGCCCGGACAUGUACCAGCGCACCCGGGUGACAGUCGCUGUCGAGGGGGCGGGCGGGACCCUGCAGUGCUUCGUGUACACCACGGCCACGUACCCGCCCGAGUGGGUCCACCUCCCGUACCACGACGAUUACGACUCGCAGGGGGAGCACGGGCUUCGCUACAGUCCGCGGUGAAGCAGAUGAGAAGCGCGAGGGGAGCGGCCGCCCGAGGACCAAGAGCCUGGUGGUUGGAAGACGGCCUCGCUGGGUCCGCACUCGUUGAACGCAAAAGCCCGAGAACACCCUCUGAAAUAAAAUUCUAUUGGGGGGGGGGGGUGCGGGGGGGGGGGAGUGUCUUCUUCGGUGGCAGCCGAUUUCCCAAAUAA